GAGGGAAAGCUGAGGGCGCGGCUGGACGCCGAGUACGAGGACGAGAUGGAGCGGCUGGAGCUGGAGCGCCGAUACCAAUCGUCGGAGAUUGAGGCGUGGGACCGGAGGUUCGAGGUGAGGACCGCGACGAGGGAGCAGCUCUUGGCGAUAGCGAGGGAGCGUGGCAUGCGGGGGUACUCCAAGCUGCGGCGCGCGGAGCUUUUGGAGGCUGUGGAGCGCGAGCUGUAUGGCGAGCAGGAGGAGGAUCUCUCCCCGUGAAGAAAAAAGUUGAAAAGAUGUGUUCUUGCGUUUCG